AUGCCAGGACGCAUCAGUGUAUCUUUAUAUGAUGAAACAAAAGGCCAAAGGAACGUUGAUGACAAAUCAGAUAAUUAUCAGAUUCUUCGAUAUCCAUGCAGUAGCAGCACACAAGUAUGCACACCAUAUGUUGUUAGAUUGUCACGCGGAAUUUAUAAAAUUGAGCUUUUUGGUGCCUCAGGCGGCUACCCAAACAAUGAUCCCAAUCUUGCAGGUCGCGGUUCAUACACCAGCGGCCACUUAACUGUUUCCCAAGAAAUGACACUGUAUGUAUACCUUGGUCAACAAGGCAAAUUAAACGGUCCUCGCACAUUUAAUGGUGGUGGGCGAGGCUCUAUAAAGGCUGGAUCAAGCGGUGGCUCUACUGAUAUUCGAUUGACCCCAGGCCAGUGGGGUAAUUUUGAAAGCCUUAAGAGCCGAAUCAUGGUUGCAGCAGGUGGCGUUGGAGGUCAUCUACAUGCAUACUUUCACACUGGAACUCAUGGUGGAAAUCUGACAGGAUUUGAUGGGAUUUUAACAUAUGAUCCAAAUUGCUCUCCUCCUGAACAAGUUUCGAAGGCUUUUGGAGCUACCAAAGAACGAGGCGGAAUAAGUGGAAAAAGCAAUACCAUCUCUGGAGAAGACGGAAAGUUCGGAAUUGGUGGAAAUCCUGCUAAUAACCAGAAAUAUCCAUCAGGAGGAAGUGGGGGAUAUUUUAGCGGUGCUGGAAGUUCUGUAGGACUUUGCUGUGUGGGAAUAGGAUCUUCAGGAUCAUCGUUCAUAUCUGGACAUGGUGGGUGUAAUGCGAUUCUGAAUACAUCAACAUCGCAAGAUGAUAUUCAUCUCUCAAACCAAAGUAUCCAUUAUUCAGGAAUUUCUUUUAGUUCUACUAUCAUUAAGAGCGGAUACGAAUUAUAUUCCUAUUAUUCGGAUGAUUCAACACCCAAAGGUAAUGUUGGUAAUGGCUAUGCUAUUAUUACCUUCUUUCCAUAUGAACUAUUUACAUGUCGAUGCAUCUCAUUUUCAUUUCAUAUCUUUCUAUUCUUUGAAAUCAUUAUUUCAUUUUGA